UACCUAAAGGAGCUGCAAAGGCGAGAUGAGCCGAGUCUGGAAGAGAGGGCGGGUGCCUUCGAUUUGACCUCCGCAUUUCUACCUCCGAUUAUUGCCUUGCUUCUGAGUUACAUUCUGAGCCUCCUGUUUGGCUGGCAACUCGGUUUGACUGUCGGCCUGACUUCCAUCUUCCUUUACAUCUUAUUUCUGGCAAUAGUUAUUUUUGGUGGCUACGCAAAGAACUGGAAGAAAGCCAUCGAGAUCGGCGAAACGGCGGCACGCUACUCCCGUUCCUGGCGACUCAUACUUGAUAUCCUUUUUAAUCAACCUCCCCGCGGAACUUACACGCCUCAGCACGUCCGCCUUAUCCCAGUAACUCUUAACCUCGGUGCCUCGUACACAGCCUGGGAUGCCGCGGUUCAACUCUCAGAAAAGAUGUGGGCUGCUGCGGCGACCAGAUACUCGAUGCUAGCUAUGCACCUCCAGUGGGCUGGCAAGGACAUCCCAAGUAAGUACUGUCUCAACCAACCCCUGUUUUUUCGUCCCCCUUUUCCCGAUUACUACUUUUCAGACGAAAGUAAUAUCAGAUGUGCGGCCUUCUUAAAAAAAUCCCACGCGACCGAAUACCACAGUCUAGGAAAAGAUGAUUAG